AUGGCCCGUCUUUUCCACAAGAGUGUCACGGUCGUCACCCUUGCUCUGGCCCUCGCCCUCGUCCUCGCCCUCUUUGGUAGGCCAUCCAUCAGCCGUGUUACCCUGGACCAAAGUUGGACUUGGGCCCCAUUUAGCGGUUUGGCUAACUCUCCGGACCUCAUCUGGCCCGCGCGGGGGCCCUUCCCGAGCCUGUCCCUUGCAACUUGCGACUGGGUACCUAUCUAUCUAUGUUAG